AUGGUACCAGGACGGCCACUUGACGGUCACUUGUCUUCAACCGGUGAAUGUUUUGACAUUGGUAAGACGGUACGGACAGCGCUAAACAAGUUCACUGGCUCUGAGGAGUUCCCUGGGUCAGUCAGUCCUAGAGCAGCAGGUAAUGGCUGCCUAAUGAGACUAGGACCUGUUCCUUGUGCUUUUAAGAACUGUCACUCACUGGCCCUCCGAUAUAGCGCUGACUCAGCAAGAACUACUCAUGGACCACCUGCCGCUACUGAUACAUGCAUAUAUUUCGCUGGUCUAUUGCUGGGUUGUUUUGAAGGAAAGUCAAAGGAAGAACUAUUAGCUGAUAAAUAUAGUCCAAUACCUGACUACUGGUCAAAUAAUACAAUGGUACCAGAACUUGCUGAGGUUGUGGGCGGGUCUUAUAAGAGAAAGUCUCCGCCCGACAUAAAGGGGAGUGGCUAUAUCAUUGAUAGUCUUGAAGCAGUGCUGUGGGCAUUCUAUCAUACUGAUAAUUUUAAAGAUGGGUGUCUAAAAGCAGUUAACUUGGGAGAUGAUGCCGAUACUGUUGGUGCCAUAUUUGGUUAA